UCAGGGCUCGAUAGAACGCAGGAAGAAGCUUUAUACGGCGUUUCUAGAAGGUGGGAAACAAGCAGACUGGGAGAAGUGCCAGUGGGACUACUGAUGGAGGGGGAGUCUGAGGCACUCCUGAGGGCCAUGACUGACUCUUUGAAGGUGUCUGACUCAGGAAGUCGUCCAGACGGCCAGAACACUACAGAGCAGGAGGACCGUUUCUAUGACUGUGAGGAAGCAUUUCAUGCAGAGAGCAAUUCGCUUGCAGGACAGACAACCAUAAACCACACAGAAACAACUCAAGAUGUGAUGCCUGAUCAGGGGGCAGAUGAGGGACAGCAUCUAAACUUACAGACAGAUGCUCCUAGAGGUCCUGUUGUCACUGACACCUCAGACACACUGAGACCUCAGAAACAGGUUUCUGAACUGGAGAGAGAUGCUGUGCUGGAAGAUGGAGUGCAUGAUGACCAAGAGAAAUGGGAGAAGAUCGUAGAGGAGGAGGAUAAGAGGGCAGACUCUGAUUCAGAAUUCAAAGAGGAGACUGUAGAGAAACGUGAAUUUGAUGAGGACUACCUGCGAGAAGUGGAAAAAGACCUGACAGAGGAAGAGAAAGAGAGCAGAAGAGCAGACAGUAUGACACUGAAGGAGAAGGGCAAUGCUCAGUUCAAGAGUGGAGAUCAUGUAGAGGCUGAGGAAUCUUACACUGCUGCACUGAAGAUCUGUCCCGUUUGUUACAGCAAGGAGAGGUCCAUUCUCUUCUCCAAUCGAGCAGCAGCACGUCUACACCUGGAUAAGAAAGAAGAAGCCAUCAGUGACUGCUGUAGAGCCAUAGAGCUAAACCCAAACUAUGUGCGUGCUAUUCUACGGAGAGCAGAGCUGUAUGAGAAGACAGACAAGCUUGAUGAAGCUCUGGAAGACUACAAGACCAUUCUGGAGAAAGACCCCAGCAUCCCAGCAGCAAGGGAAGCGUGCAUGAGACUACCACGGCAGAUUGAGGAGCGAAAUGAGAAAAUGAAAGAAGAGAUGCUUGGUAAACUUAAGGACUUGGGCAACAUGUUUUUGCGUCCGUUCGGUCUCUCCACAGCCAACUUCCAGGUCAACCAGGAUCAGAACACAGGAUCCUACUCAAUUAACUUUGUUCAGAAUCCAAAUAACAACAACAGAUAGCGGCAUUGAAAUCCAUUUACCAGACAGGCCAUGAAACAGCUAAAAGACUAACAGGCUAGAAUGUGAAGUGUUUCAUCCUCCCAUUUAUUAUCAGUGCACUGCAGCUCUGUGGGAUAAGAUUUACAUUGUUGCCUGAGUUUUCAUACUCAUUUGUAAGGUGAAUAGUGGGCUGGAAGUUUACUGCUUAGCUUGGACUCCUUCAUCAAGCUGUUUUCAUUGAUUUUGACACAUUAAAUUAUGAAAAAGA